AUGGAGGAGCAUCAAACCGAAGAACAAAAUGCUGAGGAUCAGCAAAAUCCUCAACACUCUACCAGAAAGUCACCAAGGACAAGGUCCGGUGUUCAGGAUACUAGGUCAACUGCUAAACGAAGUGCAAAGAGAAAACGUUCUUCAAAGGAACCAGAGGCUCAACCUGCCAAAGAACCUACCCCAUUGCCAAAGUUCAUAGAUGUCGAGGCCAGAGAUAGGUUCGAGUUGAUCUCACAAAAAGGAUUCAUCACUCAGAGGAAGGGUAAUUCACACACAGAGCUUAUCUCUAGAGUCAACUCUGUUGAUAUCACAUUAACUCCUGAUGUUGUCAAUUCUGUCUUGAAAACCAAAAUUGAAGAUGAGUCUACGAGAAAGAACUUUCAUGAAACUCCUGUUACUCUUAGGACCCCUCGUGAUCAGUCCAUGUAUGUCUCACCUUUCACCAUUCAUCCUAGAAAGUCAGCCAACAAAUCUUUUUCAUCCAACUUUGAGCUGGCUACCUUCAUUGGAAAAAGGAAUCUUCUUGUGCCUCCCACUCCUGUAGACAAUGAAAAUGUUCAUCAAAAAGAGCCAAGAACCGAGCAAACUGAGCCUACUCCUGGCACUGAAACUACUCCAGAGGCGUAUGCUUCCAGUUCUCAGCCCAAAAAUAAAGGAAAGGCUCCAAUUACUGAAGAGGCAACCGAAGAAGAUGAUGAAAAAACUGAAGAGGAAGAUCAAGUGGAUCCUGAGUAG